CUUAGUGGAGCAAACUCCAGCCCAGAUGGGAGAAGAGGCUGUGAGGUGGGCAAAACUGAUCAUUCCUCUGGUUGUCCAUUCAGCUCAUAAGGUGCAGUUACGAGGUGCUACUGCCCUGGAGAUGGGCAUGCCACUGCUCCUCCAGAAACAGCAGGAGGUAGCAGCUGUCACUGAGCACCUUAUGACCACAAAAUUAAUUUCAGAACUUCAUAAACUCUUUUCUACAAAAAAUGAGACAUACGUGUUAAAAUUAUGGCCGCUGUUUGUCAAAUUACUUGGAAAGACUCUGCAUCGUAGUGGCAGUUUUAUCAACUCGUUGCUGCAAUUGGAGGAACUUGGAUUUCGUAGUGGCUCACCAGUGGUAAAGAAAAUAGCCUUCAUUGCAUGGAAGAGUCUAAUAGAUAAUUUUGCUCUAAAUCCAGAUAUAUUGUGCAGUGCUAAAAGGCUGAAAUUGCUGAUGCAGCCACUGAGCUCAAUCCAUGUGAGAACAGAGGCUUUGGCCCUGACAAAGCUGGAGGUCUGGUGGUAUUUACUCAUGAGGCUGGGACCUCAGCUGCCUGCCAACUUUGAACAGGUUUGUGUACCAUUAAUCCAAAGUACUUUAAGUCUGGAUUCUUCUCCAGCAUUGCAAGGAACUCCCUCACGUGUACCAGGCAACCAAAGUUUAGUCUCUGCAACCCCUGUACAGAAAUCAGGUCCGUACCCGUUUGCAAGUCCGGCCACACCAAGGAUGAACUUGAAUUCUAGCACAGCAGGACUGGUGGCGAUUCCUUCCAUUCAGCUUUUGGGAAUUGAAAUGCUGCUUCACUUCCUGAUGGGACCAGAAGUUUUAGAUUUUGCUAAGCAAAACAAACUUGUGCUUAGUUUAGAGCCUCUCCAGUACCCUCUGAUCGGUAGCCCUUCUUUUUUUUGUAAGCAUGCCAGCACACUUAUCAGCGCAGUUCAGGAUGGCUUUAUUGCAAUCGGAAAAGAAGUUCCUGAUUGUAUGCUGAAUGUUAUAUGGAAGGACAUAAAUGGAUACGUGAAAACAGCCAUUGAAUCAGGAAACAAGAAAGAAAAGCAAGGGUCAGAAAUCCUGACUAUGUUGCUCCAGGCCUUAAAAAACACUGUUAAAUCAAAUUCUCUUCCUGUGCAGAAAAUACUGUCCCUCAUUGAUAUUACUGUUAAGGAGUUGCCUCCAAAAGUAUUGGGAUCUCCAGCUUACCAGGUUGCCGAUAUGGAUCUUUUAAAUGGAACACCAGCUUUGUUCUUAAUUCAGCUGCCUUUCCAUAACGGCCUUUUGAAAUGCUGCGUAACAGACGAGAGAUUCUUUGUAAUCCUAGAAACGCUUGUGGGUUGCGUUUUGUCUGGGCCCACAUCUCCCCUGGCUUUCAGUGAAUCUGUGAUUUGCAUUAUUAAUCAGAGUCCAAAGCAAGUGGAAAAUAAGGAGCAUCUUUGGAGGAUGUGGAGUAUUGUUGUUAAUCCGCUGACCGACUGGAUUAACCGGACUAAUGAAGUAAAUCAGGGGGAUGCACUGGAGCACAACUUCAGUGCUGUUUACAAUGCAUUGUUGCUACCAGUGUCACAGAUCUUCCCCACACAGGGAUUUCCACAGCCAACUAUGAAAUCCUUGUUGCGCACUUGGUCAGACCUGUAUAGAGCAUUUGCUCGCUGUGCUGCUUUAGUUGCAACAGCAGAAGAAAACCUGUGCUGUGAAGAACUUUGUGCCAAAAUAAUAUCUGGGCUAGAAGGUGAAACUCCAGUAAUGAUUUCAAUGAUGGAUGGUCUCACCCAUAUUGUAUCCGUCAUGGUUGACUGCAUCAACUUUGCACCAUACGGUACUAAAUAUCAGCCAAAACACAGAUCUCCGCAGACACCUACAGAUUGGUCUAAGAAGAAAAAGGAGCCCCUUGGAAAGCUUGCCUCUCUGUUUAAACUCCUGGUGAUGUUACUAAACUCUUUCCAUGUGUUCAGUUCCAAAGAAAUCUGUUCAGAAACGUUGGUCUCUGUUGGUCCUUCAAUUAUUGCUAUUCUUCACAACAUCAUCAGCCACGUUUCAUUGCCUUCCGUGAUUGGGACUAUGUUUGCAAUUUUUUCAAAACCCCUGGCAGUGUUUUAUGAAAGAACAAAGCUUGCUGAUGUAUCUAAAGUGUACAGUAAUCUUAACAACAAGCUGGAAAAACUCCUGGCCGAGGUUAUCCAGUGUUUACAGUCUCACUGCACUGGCUCUUACGAUAGCAAACUGCUGGAGCAGAUUUCACCGUUGCUCUGUGUAGCAUUUCAGCAUAAGAGCAAACAGAUCCGCAACCAGUGUGCCCACUUCUGGAAUGCAACGUUCGCCAAGACUACAGCAUUGAAGUAUCCUGAAGAGUUGAAAUCUGUGUUAAGCCAAGCCAAAAAGAAAAUUCCACUCCUGCUGCCUGGUUUUGAAAGCAUUGAGGGGGCUGAAGAAUACAGUGGCCCAUUUUCUGACACGAUGGAAAAUUCACAGCUGGAUGCAAAGAUAAGUGGAAUGGAAGUGAAGCUGGGUCAAAACCGAGGUUCUAUAUUGGCACAGAUGAGUGAACAAAAAGACAAAGUAAAAGACAAGUCUAGUAAUGUGCAAGUGACAUCUGCAAAGUUGAAACUAGAAUUUUCAUCUUCGAAGGCUAAAAGUGAGAUACUUUUGGAAGAGGAGAAAUCCGUUGAUUUUGUGUAUAUUCCUCCAGAAACAAAAGCAAGAGUACUGACUGAACAUCAAAAAGAAGUGCUUAGGUCAAAGAGAGUUGGUAUUCCUGCUAUGUACAACAAUUUGGAUGCAUCACAAGAUAGUACCUUAUUUUCUCAGUAUACUCAAAGCCAGGAAGAUUCUUUGGAAAAAUCGUCUUUAAUAGAAAAUGCAAAAGAAGAUACAAAAACCAACCCUCAGGAAGAAAAUGCAAAGAACAAGUCACCUCUUACUCACCUAGAAGAGAGCUCAACUUUACACAGUGAGGAAGAAUCAAGAAAGGAGACAAGUGGAAUGAUUCUGGAGGAGCCAUCAACUGGAGAGGGAUUAGAAGGAAGUACUGUGGAAACGGCUUCAAAGGAGCUCUUAGCAGGGAAUGAAAACACUUCAAAUGUCAGCAACAGUUCAACUUCAAGUGACAUAAUUUCUGGAACACCCCAGCCUGCAAGCCGACGUCAGUCUUUUAUUACUUUGGAGAAAUUUGGUAGUUCAGAGAACAGACCCUUCAGUCUUUCAGCAUUGAAUGGUAUAUCAGAGAUGUCUGGAGGAGCUUCUGUGGCAGGUAAACAGGAGAAGACUAGUGCUAAACCAGAAAAAUCUGGAGAAGAAAAUAAAAAGCCUACAAAAUCUGAACAAAUAUUUACUGCAAUACGAAGGCUAACUCGCAGGCAGAGUAAAAUGAAGCACCAAGGGAAUAAGCAGUCCAAGUCAUUAAUCAGGUCAGAACAAGACAAAAGCAUACAAGACUCUUCUGCCUCGAAAAGUAUAAAAAAUAAUCUUUCUUCUGCAGUAGAAGACAUGGAACGCAGUCUCCUUGCUCAGUCACAAGUUCUCCAUUCUACAGAACUAGAAAUUAAAAGAGCUGAAGAUCUGAUAGCAGAAACAGAAAAGACCCAGGCAUUAGAUACAGAUUCUAAAGAAAAUACACCCCCAGAGACGACCGUGUCAUCUGACCAGGUCACAUGCGAUGACAGUCAGGCUCCACAUGCGUCUCCUAGUCAGAAAGCACUAAGGCGUUCUUCAAGACGGCGGUCAGAAACUGUAGAAAGUACAACAGCUAGUCAGGAUAAGGAAGAUGGCCACCAAAAGAGAGACAGAUGUAAAGACAAUGAAAAACCUGGGCAAAAGAAGGUGCCACAGGCUAAAGAUGAUGUAUCCCAAAAGCAGAAAGCAGUUUCUGGGAAAGCUACAGAAAAUACAAAUAAAGAAAGCAACCUACCCGAGAGAACUGCAGAGGACUGCAGCGCAGAGGAGUCUCCUGCUUCAGCGGGCCCUGAUGAGGAAGUGAACAAGAGCACUAGGAGGUCAGAAGAGAACUUGAAGACUGACACAGCAGGUCAAGACUGUAGUUCAAGUACAGCAGGUCAGAAGGUGGAACGCCCAAGAUACCACACAAGAAGAGCUUCACAAGGAUUGCUUUCCAGCAUAGAAAAUUCAGAGUCUGAUGGCUCCGAGGCCAAGGAAGAAAGCACAAGGAAGAAAAGAUCUGCCAAAGUGAAAAAUAGGAGUGAUUUUCUUGAAGGUAAAUUGAAAGAUCUACAGCCAGGAAGCCAUAGCCACGAGGUGUCUUCCCAAAGAAACGAAACAAAGGAUCUGUUGGAAGCAAGCAAAGGUGAGCUGAGCUGUGAAGUCAGCACAGAUGCUGCACUGACAUCUGAACCGUGUGACCCGAAGACCCAAGUGAUUCCCACAGAUGCUAGCAAAGCCGUGGGAUCUGCCAGCCCAAAGAGUUCAUCUGGUGUGCAGAACAGCAGCAUGGAACAGAACAAGAGGCACACGCUGGUGGAAUCAGUCACCAACCCAUGUGUAGCUGAUCCAGAUUUGAAAGCAGCAGAGAAAGAUGAAGACAUUGUGAAGCAAACAAUUGUAGAGGACUGUCAUGCAGCUGUUCUCCCUGAAUCUGUACCCACAGCAAAUGCUUCAGGUGGUGAUCUUUCCUUUUCACAAAUACCUGAGUGUCAGCACAAAAGAAGCAAAAGGCUGAAAAAACCAAAGAGCUGUGACUGCUGUAACAAAAAGUCAAAGCAAGAAGCAAUGUUGUUGACUGAGUUAAAAAAUGAGAACGCUCAUGAACUGAGUGAGCCCCAAAUCACCCCAGUUCAGGCACCUGGAAAUACAUCAGAGAUGUCCAGUAAUUCAGAUUUUGACAAGAGUUUGUCCAUGGCACCUUGUGCAAUGAGCACUCCACUGCAUCCUCCUAAGGAACCUAGUGCCUUUAACUUAGAAAGAGAGGGAUCAUCUGAGGAUAACCUGGAAGGAAAGAGCUCUGUACUGGAGGAGAAUCUAGAAAAUCCAGUAUGUGUAGCAGCUGAACUCACUGACUGUGUAGUGGAAAUAGAAGAACCUGCUGAUGAGGAUGGCCAAACUGAACAGUGUCUGUUCAAGGGUGUGCCAGAGGAGCCUGGUGGCAGCGGUCUGGUUGCACGGAAUCAAAACGAAGAACCAGUAGCUACAGAAGAGGAAGAAAUCAGCCUAAAUGAACAACUGGAGGAGAUAUCUGAAGCACUGGCUGGUGUUAGCAAGCCUGAGAAAAAACAGAUGAAUGAGCUAGAAAGCAGUUGGGGUGAUAAAGAAGCAGCUGAGAAUGCUGUGGGAGAAAUGUGUGUUAAUCAAGAUGAAGAGACAAAGGAGGAAUUGAAGGAAACUGAAAUUACAGUGCCUGAAAAUAGGGCCUUGGACAAAGGAGAUGCAGUAGAAAAUAACAUUGUAGAUUCACCUCAAAAGCCAGAAGGUGAUGAUUCUUUAGUGGUAGCUAAUGAAAGCCCUAAUGGUAUGCAGGCACGCUGCGUGUGGUCUCCUUCAGCUUCUCCAUCUACAAGUAUUUUAAAGAGAGGUGUAAAAAGAAAUCAAGAUGAUGAUUCCCUGUCGCCCACUAAUAAGAUUCGUCGGGUCUCUUUUGCAAACCCAAUUUAUCAAGAAGGACUGGCAGAUGACAUAGAUAGAAGAAGCCCUGUCAUUAGAUCCCACUCUUCACCAUCUUCCCGAAGUCUUAAGAUUUUAUCUAAUAUUCAGGCCAAGCAUAUUACCACUCCAACCAAAGGAUUUCUGUCCCCAGGAUCUCGUAACCCUAAAUUUAAGAGCUCAAAGAAGUGUUUAAUCACAGAAAUGACUAAGGAGUCACUGCCUGGCCCCAUGGAACGCAUGUAUCCUGCAUUAGUUGGAUGCAAAGCACCAGUCGAUGUCAUUUUACCUCAGAUUACAUCAAACAUAUGCGCCAGAGGCUUGGGGCAGCUCAUUCGAGCAAAGAACAUUAAGACAGUGGGUGAUCUGAGUACUUUGACAGCGUCAGAAAUCAAAACUCUUCCCAUCCGCUCUCCGAAAAUUUCCAUUGUUAAAAGAGCUCUGAAAGGCUAUCAUGAGCAACAGGUAAAAUCUCGAGGAUUUGAGGAAAUGGGAGUGCUUGAAGACACAGAAAAGCCUGUAAAUAAUGUAGAAGAUAAAUCUCUUUCUGUAGAUGAAGAAAAACUUGCAACAGAUUUGACUGAACCUAUUGUCAUGAAUACAAAUGACCAGCCCCCAGCAGAUCUGAUGAGCCGGAUUGAUGCACUUGCUGCUCAGCUGAGCACUGAAGACCUUCACAGCUAUUCAGGCAGCCAGCUUUUUGAGAUGCAAGAAAAACUUGUUGGCAUGACAAACUGUAUCAUGAAAAAUCUGCAGGCUCGCUGGAAGUCACCACCCCAUGAAAGUUCAGAUUAG